UUUAUCACAAUAUGCUAAUAUUUUGAGAAGGACCUGUAUGUGGCAACAAAGGAAAGGAAAACUCCUUUUUUAACAGGAAGAAACCUUCAGCAGAACCUGCCUCAGUGUUAGCAACCAUCUGCCACAUCCGACUGGGGGUUUAAGCAUGCACACCAAAAGCACAGAACUACCGUUCCAAGAAUACUUUCUAUGUUAAAGAAAAAGUAAAGCGUGAAUGGCAGCAGUAGCUCCUUUAGUGGCUUCAUCUAGGUGAGAAACAAGGCAAAACAGAGAGAGUAUGAGCUAUGAGCCAGCAGCAAGUAUAUCAUCGAUAGAGAGAGAACAUGAGGUUACUGGCAGAAAUAGUUCAGACGAUGGCCACCUCCAGGGAGGUGUCCCAUGUAAAACAGAUGAAAAAUCAUGCUAUGAAAGCUACGGGGGUGGACGAGGAGAACAGAAGUUCGAGAAGUGUAAAAGGACUGUUGCUGAUUUUGCUCGUGAACAAUUCAAGACAUUUGUGACACAAAUAGAGCUCCACAAAUAGAACUCCCACUUGUUAUGAGGCAGAUUUUAAAAGAGGCUUCAGAGUUGCAAAAUAAAUGUAGUUUUUUGUGAUAUUGACUCAAAAUCUCUGCAAUUAACUCAUGAUGUGAAAUUCUGAAUCCAAUGGCCUCUUGUCUUUAUAAUUUAAUUGUUUUUUUCACUUUCUUCCUCCCCUCUUCCUUUCUCUGUUUACAUUUGUAUCACUCUCACACCCUGGGGGCUUUUCUUCAGCUGCAGUUUUAGUGCAAUUGAUUAUGGCAGCCUCCUCUUCAAUACCACUUAUUCCCUGUCUGCAGCCCCAACACACAUGAACACUCAUCCCUUCAUCACACCAUGAUCCAUGUACUUUACUUUUUAGGGCCGAUUUCUGUAAGCCCCUGCAGCAGCGAAAAAAAGGCACACAGGGUUCAAAUCCUAAAAGACGAGGGUGGGAAAAGUGAGAAUAUCCGAGCGAAAACACAGCUUAUAACAUCUUUCACAUCUCCUCUCCCAUCCACUCCGCCUCUCUUACUCUCUCUCUCUCUCUCUCUUUCCCUCGCACACACGAACACAGACCCCCCUCUUGCACAGAAGUAGACAGAGAGCAGUGAAGAGCAGAAGGAGCUGGGUGGCAGGCGGGAGGCAGGAGGGCUGUUGUUGAUUGAACAAAGCCAGGGAAGGAGUGUGCAGUCCUGGUGAGAAGAGCAGCUGUGAAAUGUCUUGAACGGAACCUGCCAGUUACUCCUGCAGAGACCUGAAGACGCUGCUUGCUGCUGGUUGAGCUAUGAUUGGCUAUCUGGAAGGAAGACACAGGGAGCUUCAGCUGAGGAUGGCAGGAGAUUCUCGAGUCCUCAUGGACCACAACAUGGAGAUAGGGGCUACACCUGCACAGGUGAAGAAACUCCCAAAACAUCUGCGGGAACCUCAGAUCUCAACCGAGCGAACCCACUUGAUUUCCGAACCUUUAAAGAAGCCACGUCAGCGGUAUGUGCAGAAGGAUGGCAAGUGCAACGUUCACCACGGAAAUGUGCAAGAGACCUAUCGUUACCUCAGUGACUUAUUUACUACUCUGGUGGAUCUACGGUGGCGCUUCAGUCUAUUAAUUUUCACCUUGGUUUAUGUAGUCAACUGGCUUUUCUUUGGGUUUCUCUGGUGGCUGAUUGCACUCAUCCGUGGAGAUCUAGUGCAUGGUGAUGAGGAGGGCUGGACGCCUUGUGUAGAGAACCUCAACAGUUUUGUCUCAGCUUUUCUCUUCUCUAUUGAGACAGAAACCACCAUUGGGUAUGGCUAUCGUGUAAUUACAGAAAGAUGCCCUGAAGGCAUUGUACUGCUUUUGGUACAAGCCAUCUUGGGAUCUAUUGUUAAUGCGAUAAUGGUGGGGUGCAUGUUUGUCAAGAUUUCACAGCCAAAGAACCGUGCCGAGACUCUAAUGUUCUCGAAUAAUGCUGUCAUAUCGGUGCGGGACAACAAGAUGUGCCUGAUGUUUCGAGUGGGGGACUUGAGGAACUCUCACAUUGUGGAGGCGUCAAUUAGAGCGAAGCUCAUCCGCUCGCAGCAGACCAAAGAGGGGGAGUUCAUCCCCCUCAACCAGACUGACAUAAACAUUGGCUUUGACACAGGGGAUGACCGGCUGUUCCUGGUGUCACCACUCAUCAUCUCCCAUGAGAUCAACGAAAAGAGCCCCUUCUGGGAAAUGUCCAUGGCGCAAAUGGAGAAAGAGGAGUUCGAGAUUGUUGUUAUCCUUGAGGGCAUGGUUGAAGCCACAGGUAUGACAUGUCAGGCUCGGAGUUCCUACCUCGACACUGAGGUGCUGUGGGGCUACCGCUUCACACCUGUUUUAUCUCUGGAGAAGGGCUUCUACGAAGUAGACUACAACAACUUCCAUGAUGUCUACGAGACCAACACUCCCACCUGCAGCGCCAAGGAGCAAAUAACAAAGCUUCGUGACGAGCCACUUUUGCCUCAGCUCCCGCUUCUAAGCCCCAAACCCAAAACACAAACUUUUGACCCCCUAGACUGCCUGUCAGAAUUGAAUCCACUAAGUCAGGAUGAAAAGAUGGAGGAAAGCGAUUCAGGUGACAGGGGAGAGAACAAUGGCUCAGCUGCUGCUCUUGAGGAGCCUCCCCUCACUGAUGGACUGCCUGAUUAAAGGGCUGCAUCAGCCCAAAACCCCAGCACACCUGGACCAGACAAUGCUUCUUUUAAUCAAUGGCCAUUUAUUUACACUGCAGUUAUGGGAGUCAAAUGACUUCUGUCUCCAGACUCCAACUCAUGCAAUAUUUCUCCAUAAGAGCAUCAAUCUAUAGUAUAGAUUGGUUUUGUAGGCAAGUAUGUUAAUCAUACACAGGCACACAUGUACAAUAACUAUAUCUACUCUUAGAGUUUUGGGGCAUUUUAUAAUCACACUGAUCACCUAACUGCUAUAACACAUCAGUUCAGGUUUUGUUAGUUUAAAGUAAGCUGAAGCUGGUAGCUCUGAAAGCACACCAUGAGUUUAUAAUGAAUAAACCAAUAUUCUCAUUUUAAGGUGUUGUAACUCAGCCUUUUUUAAGCUUCUGCUCACUCUCAUUGAGAAAUCUGUCAAAACAGUCACCUAAAUAAGCUCAAAUGUCUGACAGCAGCUUGCAUGUGGUAAUACAAUCUUGCUUGUAUCUGUUUUGUUUUAAAAUGGGGGAAAACUUUUUUCCUGUUUCUGUCAAUGUUAGAAGGCAUCUCUGUCACAUAAGAGUGAAGAUAUAGCGUUUCUAGUUUGCAAAAGAAGAGCUUGGAAGUUCCUCAAAUGUUACACCAACUGGGAAACAAUGCGGUACUGUUUGUUUGUUCAACUCUUGUCUCAUUGCGUGUAAUGUCUUCAAGACGCUAAGAGAGUUAACCCAAAAAAAUCUUCAUAGUACCUUAUUUUGGUAUGGACUUUUAGAGUUUUAAAUUAAUUGUAAUAACAAGCAAAAGCUGACAAAUGCUAUAUAUGCUACUGCAUUGACUCUUUUGUCAAAUACUUGGCUGGGUAAAAAUGUUAUUGUAAUUGCCAUUUUACCCACUGAAUCCCUAAAUCCAAGCCUCCUUUUUUAGGACAAAAAAGCACAAUUUCCUGUAAGGGGAUUUCAGACUGACCCAACCAACCACCGAGCUGCUGCUACUGUUGCUGGCUGAUGCAUGUUAGUCCUACUUAGAAGUGGCAUAAAUAAUGUUUCAGAAAGGGAAAUAUUUAUGCCCAAUUUCAGUUUGAAAUUUUCCUGAGUUUUAUACACAAUAAACUAUAUUAAUAUUUAAAAUGUUUCACAUGCAAAUGAAAAUAAACUAUGAUUUCUACUAGGCUUAUAUGGCUUAUCUUUAUAAAUCAAAUCUUUAUAUUUGCAAAAACUGCAAAAAGGGCCCAAAUAAUAUGGUACUGAUCAAACAUCUAAUGAGAUGACUUUAAGGACAACUUAUUGUUUGCCUUUUUAUUAAUAAUUUCCUUUGAAGAUUACUUUUAGCUUUUGCCUUGUGACUUGAUUUUUAAACAUAUUGGUUCAAUGCGCACUUUGGUUCUGUUCAACAAAUCACUCCCGGGUUUUUACUUAUUAUGUCACAUCAUGGUGGACUCCUGAUUCCGAGGAUAACAUGUCAGCUAUUGCUCUGGUCAGACGUUUGCAUACACUCUUAAUGUGUAUGAAUGUAAUUUAAAUUAUGGGCUUUAGAUUGUUCAUUUGAACUACUUUUUUUUCCAGGGUGUAUUGAUUAUACAACAUAUGAGCUAUACAAAAUUACCUGUAUGUUAUAAUGAUGCUUAAAAACAAGGUUUGUUUUCAUUUCUAAUGAGUUUUCCCUAAGAUAAACAGUGACGCACUGUUGCUUUGCAAAAGUAAGGUGCUGGGUUUGAAUUUCGACCUUUCUGUGUGGAGUUUGCAUGUUCUUGCUGUACAUGAAGGGGUUCCAUCCUGAUACUCUUGCUGCCUCACACACUCCAAAAAUAUUCAUGUUUGGUUAUUUGCUAAAUAUGACACGUAUAUUUUCUGUUAUCCACAUUGUAUAGGCAGGCUAUAAUUUAUACAUACUAAUAUUUUGGUAAAUGUCCCUUAGCAGUUUGAACCUCUACAAUCAACAAGGUUUUAUUCAAGGCAUUAUUCUGGCAGGAUAUUUGUGGGUUUGGGCUUGCGGAAGGCCUUUCCAAAGGCUUAAGGUUAACUGUGGAUGCUUUCAAAGCCAUCUGAUACAUAUCUGAUUUACCUGCUUAUUAAGGCACAAUUCAGAUUUUUGAGGAGGCUGAAUGUGAUGAAAAAGUCAGAUAUAUGGGCAAUAUGGGCAAAACAAUCAGAUUUGUGCAGCAUUUGCCAAAAAUUAGCCUAAGAAGGUGCCACCUAAGAAGGAGGCUCCUGUCCUUGAAGCUUGGUUUGAACUUAAAGUUAACCACAUGGACAAGCCAAAUGCCUCAGACAAGACCAGGAUUAAAUUGCAUGGCUGCAAUGACAACCCAAGACAGCUUUACCUACACUCAGAACCUAAAAGGUUUAAACACAACUGGUUAGGGUUGGACACAACUGUGUGUGUCAGUGAUGCUAAACACACACAAAAAUGUUUUAGAAAUGGACAAAGCAGACUAUUAUUAAGUUUCCAGACUUGCUACCCCAAGAAUUAACCCUAUUAAAAAUGUUUGGACUGUCUUUAAAAGCCUGCUCUCCUUCAGAAACAAACACAUUUAAAUGAUUCCUGCUAAUUUUGCCAAGAAUGGCGGUCAAAUAUCCACCUGAAUUAUCCCAAAUUUUGGUGGAGGUGAAAGUUGCUAAGGAAAAUGUCUCCAAAUGUGAGUGAGUAUGGAUGUAUACUUGACUUUAAAUACAUGUGGGCCUGUAUAAUACAGUUGGACCCUAUGUGGAUGGGAGCCCUUGUGCACCCAAGCCUUAUUUUUAGAGAUCAUCGACAUUGUAUAAUCAUUCAGUGCUGGGAAGGGAACGAUUUGAAGAAGUCAUUGAAAUAAAUAUGACAUUCAUGUCAAUGACAAGUGCAUGUCAAUUUUUCACCAUAAUCGCAUGCCAGUUAUGACCUACAACUGUUUUCUUAUUCCUUAUCAUUAGAAGACACAAGAUUUGCAGGAAAAAAUCAAGCAUCACUCCUCUGUUAAAUAAUUUAUUACAAUAAAUACAGGGUACUUUCUAGGCAUGCAAAUUCUGUGAUUUCUACAUCAUAAUGUAUUGAUAUCUAUCAUAUUUUGAAAGAAAAUGAGAUUUCUGAUGCAUACAAUUCUUUCUCUCAAAUCAGUGUUAUUUUUACAGAAAUAUAUGUCCAUUGAAUAUCUUUCUUUUCACUGUGAUUUUUUUAAGCACCUUAUUAUAUGUAAGUUAAUUGGCAAUGGUGAGCAAUACAAUUGUUGAUAUCAAGGGAUCAUCUUCAUUUCCUUCAUGUCAUAUAUUUUCUGUGUGUUCUCAUGGGAAUAAACGAUGAUAUGGCCAAAGGA